AUGCAGAUCAAAAAGUUUGGCGUUGCCCUCGCCCUCGCGGCCACCAUGGGCCAGCCCGGCGAGGCGAGCAUCGGCAAGGCCGCCGACCUGCUCUGCCAGUUCUUCUGCCAGGGCAUCGCGGACCUCUUUGUCAACAUCUUUAGCAAGCGCGACAUUGACCCUGCCUUCUUCGACACGCGCUCCAUCAUGGGCCGUGCUCCUCCCGGCGUGCCGCAGCAGGAGUUUGACCGCUGCUACGAGCAGAUGAAUGGAGUCUCUGUCAACGCCGACUCUCCCGGCGCCGGGGAGGUCCGCUUCAUGGGCGUUCCGCCUGCCUGCAUGAACCUGGCCAACGUCCUGGUCGGCGACCCCGUCAACGGCCCCUACGCGCUGCCCUGCGGCUCGGACUGCCUGCACUACACCGACCUCAACGAGCAGCAGUUUAACGAGCUUGUCGACAAGCUCAAUGCUGCUGCGGCGUAG